GUCGAGCGGUUCGGUUGCUCGCUCAACUCGGUGUCAGUAGAGUUUCGGCAAGCGUGGAUUCGAGAAGGCGUUUCGUUCGGUGUUCUUCUGUGCAAUUCUUGGUCCGCGCGACCACGACGAGUUGUAUAAGAGCGAGUCUCGAGUGAGUGUGUGUUAUUGUUAUUCAACAGGAAUUUGAUUUUGAAAUUUGUGUAUCAAGAGCCAAGUGCACACGUCGUAGAGGGACGGGAUUUUUUAACUGAGACACCGUGGUCCGGCGUUUUUGGCGGUGAGAAAUUGGCUAAAAAUUGUUGGCCGGAUUGUGUGCCGCGAGUGUUUGGUGGAACAAUCGAAUAAAUUGGGCCAGAUUUUCAUCUAUGAUGAUAUAACAGCAUUGGUCGAGAAGUGCGCCGUAACAGUGAUUAUCUAAAAGCCAACCGCCCGCUCUGAUUCGUGGACGACGGCAGCAUUCCCGGGUGCCGGGAAAGCAUAACCAACCCAAGAGCAACGGAUAAUUGAAUUUUGUCGAGUGCAACCGAGUGCAUCUCAACUACUCUACACUAAGAAGCAGCCUCAGUGAUACGUCUAGGAAGCGAAAGGGGUCAAAGGGAGUGAUAUGUGCACGAAUGCAUUUUUCUUUCCUUGUUAAAGCUGUUUAUUGCCGAGCGACCAGUCGAUUGUCCCGUCAAGCUUCGAAUAUCUUGGGUGUGUUCUGGUCGUUGCUUUUUUUUCUCGACGAAUCAAACUAUGUGGCUAUACGAAGGAAUUUAAUUAAAAUAUUUCCCUGGCAAAGUGCAAGUAGCUAAGAAGAGAAGAAAAAGAAGCCGAGAGACGGGCCCAAGAGUGAAUUUCCGCAGUGCGUUCAAUCUCUAUUAAUAAAGUGCGCACCGGGUUCGCGCGAAAAUCUGGUACGAAAAUCUACGAAAGUGGUUGCUGCAUCUCUGAUCUUGGCUCUGGGAAGUGGUUCUCUCUCUCUCUCUCUAGAAGUGAAUUUUCCGGGCCUGAAACCGGCUCAAUUAGUCGGGAAAAUUAAACUCGGUCCGACACGUGACCGAUGUGUUCUGAUUGCGUGAAAAGUUUAGCCAAAAGAUUUAAAGCCGCCGCGCGUGUGGGGUUGUAUUUUGAGAAAUAGCUGGGCAGUCUCCAAGGUAAAACGCGAGAAAGAAAAACAGCGGCAGGUGAGAAAGAUUUAUUAGUUAGUGUGGGAUGGCUGCGAUGACAGAUGCAUUUAUGGGACGGGAUUAUUUGCUGGCGUGUAAAUCGUUUCGGAAGUUUUUGCGGGAGAAUUACGGAUCCCCACGAGUUGGCACCAGUGAAAUCGUGAGCGAAAUGUCUGCAGCCACCGGAAGUGCUGCCAGCCCAAGGCAGCUGCCCACAUCAGUGUACUACAACUAUGGAGACUCUCUUGCCAAAUCGGGUCGACUGAAGGAAGCCCUGGAUGUGUACGGGCACAUCAGUCAACUGCUGGGAUCGAACCUGAUCCCGCUGGAAAAACUGUCCCAGCUUUCGCAAUCCCUGAUCAACUACAGCAAACGGACCAAUGAUACCGCGAUAAGUUUGAACAAACUUUGCUACGAUAACGGCUCAACGACGGUAGAUCCGUUGAGUUGCCCGGUCUGUGAAGGGGUUCUACGGUUUCCGGUGACGGCCACCUGUGGCCACACCUUUUGUAGGCAGUGCUGUUUUGGGCACACCAAGUGCCCAGUCUGUAGUCAGCAGUUUCCCACAGUAGCCAGCCGAACUGCAACGGUAACUUCCGACAGUCUGGCAACACUGGUUCAGUCGGAAGAAUCGGUGGAUAUUGACCAAACGGCCGGAUGUAGUAGUACUGGUGAAACAAGUGUUAGUAUCAGCAGCAGCUCGGUUGCCGGAAGUUCUGGCAACGGUGCCGGCGAUGAGGGUAGUGGUAGUGUGAUAGGGUUCGAGCAGGACAUUUUGGUCCGAAGACUGGUCGAGCGUUGGUGGGGACCAGAGCUGAAGGCAGCUGAGUACAACGAGGAGGCGCAGCGAUUUCUGGAGUGCGGUGCGCUCGAUGAUGCGCUGCGGUGCUGCAAUCAGAGUCUGGAAUAUGCACCAAACAGCUCUAAAGGUCUCCUGCUUCGAUCGGAAGUUUUGUACCGGUUACAGCACUACCAAAGUUCCCUGGCGGAUGCCGACAAUGCCCUCAAAAGUCGACCCACCUAUCAUAAGGCACACUACUGCCGCGCUCAGUCACUGUCGGCCCUGGGAAAAUCUGAACAGGCUAUCAUCGCCCGCUGCCUGUCCCUGUUCCUUGAUAAGCAGUCCCAGUGUGUGGCCAACGGAAUAGAAGAGGAAAUAGCGAAGGAUCUCCAAAAACUACUCGCUUCGAUCCACCCGGCUCAGGAAGUGCGCAGCAUCCCUCCACCUCGACCUUUGAUCGAGGAUCCUCUGGCCGAGAUUUUUGGGGCACCGUUUCCGCUGAUGAACAAUCGUAAGAGGCGUCACCACCGCAUUCUUUCUGCCCACAAGCACAAAGCAAAAAAGCAAUUCCUCAGCCUGCGAACCAGUGACUUCGACGAGGAUCAUUCCGAUUGCGGCGAUGAGGAGUACUUCUUAAGGGCCAGCUUAUUUGAGGACCUGGACGAGGAGUUCUACCAGCAGACCAUCAAUCCCCCCCACCACAGGCGGAAAUCGUUAACCGCCUACAACUUCAACAUCUUCGGAUCGGAAACGACUUCCGGUGCCACGGAAAGAAGUGGCACGCUAGCCAGCAAGAAAUCGCCGAUAGUUCCUCCGGUUUCGUUGAUCAUUCCAAGGCCCAACUCACGACUGAGGUCAUUCGUGGACCGAAUGACCAAUGAGCUGGACUCGAUCCGCUGGGCCGAGGGAAGUCCGGUGCGGUUGAACGUUAACCCGCUGGCCAUCGAGGUUUCGGACUUCGAUUGUGUCCUGUGCUGUCGGACUUUGUGGAAACCGGUGGUGACGCCCUGUGGACACACCUAUUGUUGGAUCUGCCUGGACCGCUGCAUGGACUACUCGUCCUCGUGUCCUCUAUGCAUGGCCCCUUUAAUCGAGCAGUUCCGGCACCAUUUGGCUAGUUCCGGUGCCCUCAAUGGAGCAGCAAACGGUUCCGGUGGCAACAUACCGGCCACUAACCUCACCCUGCUGGCCACCAAUCCUACACUGAUCUCAUUGUCUAAGCGUAAGGUAACCCAGUUCGUGGAGGAAGCGAUGCAACGGUUCAUUCCGGAUGCAUACGAAAAGCGGCAACGGCAGGAACUGGAUCGAGAACCCACGGUUCCGGUGUUCAUCUGCACAACUGCAUUUCCCUCGGUGCCAUGUCCGCUGUUCGUGUAUGAGCCUCGCUAUCGGUUGAUGGUGAGGCGUGCUAUUGAAAGUGGAGAGCGGCAGUUUGGAAUCGCUCUGCCGCAGCAAAAUGGCCGCCAGAGGUACGUCGAGUACGGAACCAUGCUGGACAUCCGGGACUGCGUACAGCUUGGCGAUGGCUGUUCGAUCCUGUCCACGGUUGGAGGCCGACGGUUCCGAGUGGUAGCUCGCUACGAAAAAGAUGGCUACGACACGGCCAACGUAGAGUUCAUCGAAGACGACCGGAUAGAUGGAAGCCUUCAAGGACUGGAAGGCGCUACGGCAGGGGACGAUGAAAAGAUGCAUUUAAUCCGGGAGCUGCACGAGAAGGUUCUCCUGAAGGCGAUCGGCUGGCACCAGAGCCUGCCGGAGAACAUCAAGUGCGAAAUCUUCAAGUCGUUCGGCAAAAUGCCGGAUCUGGAGGACAACUGGGAGGACGAGGUGGACGGGCCGGCGUGGGCCUGGUGGAUCAUUGCGAUCCUGCCGCUCAGUCAGCAUUUAAAGGUCGGAAUCCUCUCGACCACCAGUUUGGAAAAGCGCUUGCGGGCAAUCGACAAAACGCUCAAUCUGGAAUCGGCCCAGCGGAAGCGGAAACGAUCGGUCUGCAUCGUUCCCUCGUCACCGGCUUCUCCACCUCCAGCCGGAUGUUGCGACGAGCUCCAGGGACCGGACGUGGUUGUCGUUCAGCAUCAGUCUCAACAUCAUCAGCACCAUCAUCAUGAUCAUCAGCAGCAGCACCAGGAGCAGCAUCACCAUCAUCAUCAUCAUCACCACCACGAUCAUCAUUCUCAGCAGCAGCACCAGCAUCAGGAACACGAUCAACAACAACAACAACCACAAUGCCAAGCAAUCGAUUGUUGCCUACGAGAAAGAACUACCUCAACUGUUCACCAUCAUCAUAAUCAUCAUCAUCAUCAUCACCUGAGCCAAUCGACGGAAACGGCAGACUAUCUUCUGUAAAAAAAAAACAAGAAAAACAAAAUAUUAAAUUCCAUUUUUUCCAGAAUUUGAAUAACAAAUAUCAAGAAAAAAACUGAAAGCAAAUCAAUCCCUUCAAUAGAAAAAAAACUGGUAGAUUGUAGAGAGAGAAGAAAUAAACAACUCCUAGCUAAUUAUUAACAAAGGAUAACAAUAAACAAUAGAGAAAAUGGAAAAUAGAAAAACCACUCAAAGGUUCUCUAACUGAAAUGUACAACUCUCAAUCACACAGCAAAACACCCGCACACACAAACACAAAUAUUACCUAACACAGAAAAGAGGAAAAAAACUAUACACCAACAUAGAGGAAGUGUGUAAAUGUUCAGGUUUGGAAGCAAUUUGUGGAUCAACUACCCUAUGGAAGAUAAAAAAAAGAAAUAAGUAAGGAAAAAGCCACUACAAACUACAUUAGAGUAUUGUGAGUGUUUUCUGUUUGUAAUCGUGUACUGUUUAACCAAAAUUGAUGCCAUAUAUAAUGAAAGGAAGAAAACAAAAAUCAACAGAAAUACGGAAACGUAAACUUAGCUAUAAGAAAACCUCUCUCAUCCAGUCACUUGUAUUCAAAAGUUAAUCUUCUCCCUCUUUCUCUCUCUAUUUCCUAUAUAGAUAAUACAAAACAAAUUCAAUCAAAUCCUUUUAACAACAACAACCUUUCUAUCGCUUUUCGAAACAUUCAAAACUUUUCAUCUCUGCAUGGUUCCAGCAAGUUCUUCUUUCCACAUCUUCAACUCGAAAAGAUUCCUCUUCAGAAUACCAAAAAAUAUUUAGUCUGAUAAGAGCUACUUUUAUGAAAAAAAAACAAACAAACAAAAAACUUCAACUAAAUAAAAAGUUCGUGUGAAAAUGUGUGAAAAAUUACAACAGCAAACAAACAAAAAACAGAAUUCCAAAUAUGAGUGUUAACUUUUUCAAAUUUCCUUUCUUCCAAAUUGUUACACAUUUUUCCAUCUAUUAAGCUUUCCUAAAUCAAUUCUCAACCUCAUUGAAUUUCCAAUCAAAUUUCCUUAAAAAGAAAAACAAUUCAUAAAUCUUAAAAACUUUCAGCCAUUUUGCUCUUGAGCGACAUUUUUCCGCAUCGAAACUCUUUAAUGCAUUAAACACAUUCGACUAUUUGUAGAAACGAGCCGAAAAUUUACAUUCACAUACGAAAGCAUCAUAUAUUGUUACGCCAUUCUUUCCAACUUUAACGCAUCGAAAUGUUAAGCCAUGUGCUUAUUCAACUUUCCAGUGUUACGCGAAUUAUGUAUUUAUGAAAUGCAUUUUCCUUCACGUUUUCAUCCAUAUCGUAGUGUAAAUCAAAAAACUUCAACUAAAUCAACGAAUUUUUUUUUUCUGUACUUGAAUCGAAACCUUUUUUUUCAUAUUCGCCUAAAAUUUUACGAUACGAUUGCAAAAAAAAAAAUCGGAAUCAAAACCAGAACUCAGGUAAAAAGAAUAAUCAAAAUUUUUAAUUUUUCUCCGUAAUCCGAACUUUGUAGAACAGAAGAAAAUAUAAAAUUUCUAUUCAAAAAUGUCUAAGAUGUCAAAUAUACCAAAACCUAAAAAUUCAACGUUAAAAUAAUUGGUAAAAUUUAAAAUUGAACUUUAUUUUAAAAUAUGAUUUCUCCCGAUAAAUUUGUUUAAAUCAAACAGUUCGUUUGGAAUUCUGUUGUAAUCUUAAACUAUCUUUUCUUGUGAUAAAAAAGGGGGAACGCCAAGCUAUGGGCGUACUGUGAGGACAAUCUUCUCUGUAAACAAAAAAAAAACCCAAUCCAAACAAUACAAACCCAAAACGAAAACUUUGAAAUGAAAUAUCAAAUUAUACGGAAGUUCUCUAAAAAUCAAACAAUCCCAAUCAGCUAAAAACCACUAUAUUUCGAAAUUCGCGGAUCAAAGUAGUCCGACUGCACUGAAAUAAAUGUGUUUCUCACUUUCCCAAGCUUGAACAUAUAUUUGUAAAAUUCGUGUAAAAAUGGUUAAUUUCUAGUGCAGGAUCAGUUGAAAAAAAAGGAAAAACAAACCAUAGGUUAAUAUUUUCAAUUUUACGAAACUGAAAACAAACAUGCUGUGAAUAAAAUAUGUUUAGCAAAGAAAAGAGAAAAACAAAUAAAAAAAUCAAACCCUCACAAACCAUACAAUCUGUUGUCCCCCGACCGACAUUUUUAAAACUGUUAUAAGUUCUAGGUUAGCGCUUGUUGAUAGGAAUCCGUUGGAAGACUAAAUUUAUAGCGAACGAAUGAAAUGAAAAUUUAUAAAAACGAAUACAAUCCACCACCUAAAUAAAUAGGAAUUCUUGAAUCAAAACAGUAACCGACGACAGCUUUCGUCGAAAUCGAUAGGUCCAUAUUGGUUUAAACAUUUUUUGUAAUUUUUUUGUUCCGUUUUUAGAGUCCCGUGUCAGUUAUUCUAAUAGUUUGUGAACAACAACUACAACCGAAAGGAAAUCGUAAAUUUGUGAUAAUUCGUGUAAUGUUCGUUAUUAAGUUACUUUAAAACUAUACUGUGUACUAUCUUCUAUAUGCUAAGCACGUCGCCGUCGUCAUUUGCUGCGCAGUCUCAUUUUGUAAGCCUUUUUCCCGAUUAUGAUUUUUACCCUUCUCUUUAAUGUUCACUACGUAGGUUAAGCUGUAUGAUUGAAAUAAAUAUGGUAAUAAUCUUUGACAGAAAUAA